AUGCCAGAACCUAAACGAGCGGUCUCCCUAACGCUCUCCACCGAACUCUCCACGUUAUUCGAUCUUCUUCCAUCCAAUGUCGAAAGGCAGUCACUUGUCACUUCCUUGAUCAAGGCGUACGAGUUGCACACCAAAGUUGCCCACCUCAUCCCCAUCAAACCCUGUAAUCGCCGUGAUUUGGAAAAAUUCCACGACCCGGAGUUUGUUGCCUGUUUGCUCAAAAGGCGUGCUAACGGGCCGCCGGUCUCAGACAGCGAUGAAUCUGGGCUAGACGAGAAUCCAGACGAACUAUCCAAAUUUGGCUUGCUUUACGAUUGCCCUGUGUUCCCUCAGAUGCUGGAAUAUGUGCGGUAUUUGGCUGGCCUGACGGUAUCUACAGCCAGACAUUUGUGCCAAACUGCUGGUCCCGUCACACAGAGUGUUGCGAUCAACUGGUAUGGCGGGAGACACCAUGGCAAGAAAUCUAUCGCUGCUGGCUUCUGCUACGCCAACGACAUAGUGCUUGGCAUUAUGGAGCUCAGAACCAAGUUCCGCAGGGUUGCCUAUAUCGAUCUAGAUCUUCACCACGGAGACGGGGUGGAAGCAGCCUUCCAGUUCUCUGACAAAGUGCUCACAAUCUCAGUUCACCGCCUUGACAUUGGCUUCUACCCCGGAACCGGAGGGGCUGACGUUGAGGGAAAAGGAAAAGGCAUGGGAUACGCCAUGAAUAUCCCCACGAAACACGGUCUUACCGAUGCAAGUUUGAGCAAGAUAAUCCAGCGUCAGAUCACCCCAAAACUCAGAGACUUUCAGCCAGAGUGUCUUGUGAUUCAGUGUGGGUGCGACGGCUUGUCAACCGAUGAACACCAGGAGUGGAACCUCACGAUACAGGGCAUGGGUGCUGCAGUACAACAUUUAUUAGACUUGAACUUGCCCACAAUGUUGCUCGGAGGAGGUGGGUACAAUCACGUAUCCGUGGCUCGGUGUUGGACGUAUCUAACGUGCGUGGCGUUGGGGGAGGAGCAAGCUGAGAUCAGUCGCACCUGGGACAUAAUUCCGGAACACGAGUAUCUAGAUAAGUAUGAAGACGACGGAUAUGUUUUCUGGAUUGACGAGAAGAGAAACAUGAGGGAGGAAAAUAUAUUAUAA